GUCAGAGACCCCACUUUGAAAGCUCGUCUAGGGUCCCAAAUUCUCAGGACCUGCCCUAGGAUUGGUUCGAUCAAGCCGCCUAGUUUUGGAAACAAGCCAUAGUGCAAUAACUAAUAUUUUUUAACCACACGUCUAUUAAAUAAUAACUUUUUAAAAGUUAUAAAAUUUGUUUGAUCCCAAUUUGUACAAUUUUAGAGAGAUUUUACAGUAGGAAGGUUUCCUAUCCUUCUCAUACCUUGUAAAAGAUUCCCUUUUUCUGAAGCUUCUCGAAAAACCCUCACAAUAUAUAUGUAGCCCAAAAAUUCAACCAAAUUAAAAAAAAAAAAAAAGUCCAGAAGAUAUAUUCCAUUCUUGCAACUCAUAUUCCAUCCUCUCAAACAACCAUUCCUUCUAAUAUUUUCAUGGCUGCAGAACCCUCCUCUUCAGCAAGUUCCUCAUCAUCUUCAGACCUAAGAAUCAUAGUUGAAAGAAACCCUUCUGAAUCUCGCUUAUCCCAACUGGACAUCAAGAGCUGGCCCAAAUGGGGUUGCUCGCCGGGGAAGUACCAGCUGAAGUUUGAUGCAGAGGAGACGUGUUAUUUGUUGAAGGGAAGAGUGAAGGCAUAUUAUCCAAAAGGGUCGUCGGAAUAUGUCGAGUUUGGAGCUGGAGAUCUUGUCACCAUCCCAAGGGGACUCACCUGCACUUGGGAUGUUUCUCUUGCUGUUGAUAAACACUACAAAUUCGAAUCUUCUUCAUCUUCUUCUUCUUAAUUAUUAUUAUCAUCCUUAAUCCAUGAUUAUUGUCUUCUUUUGCUCAUAAUUUAUUCAUAUUGAUUAUUGUCUUC